AUGACCCCGGCAGCAUGGGGAUUGGCGGGGCGACAGCUGGGCCUCAGGGCUCCCCAUACCAACAUCCUCAGCAGGAGCCAUCUUCGAGUCAGGAAGCACACUGACGUCGAGAGUGCGAGGAUCUAUUUCGAAGAGUCCAGCAUGGCUUCCACAGUCUGGAACAUUAUCAAGCGUCGAAUGCCUCAGCAGGUAGUGGAUGAUUUCGAUGAAAAUAUGGCACGCAUAAUUCUGCGGCGUAUGGAUGGCGGUGUAGCCGGAAACGAGUACAGUCUAUGGUCGCCAGACCAAAGGAAGGGAUUCCGCUUCACACUACCUGAGGCAGUCCCUUGCUCCAUUGGAUGUGCGAUGAACUAUGCUCGAUUCCCGCACGUCGAGAAAGGCGCAAACACGUAUGUCUGUGCAAUCGCCACCAUCAGUACGGCGGACCCAGACACCAGCGGCAACUUCUUCGUGGCGUAA